AUGUUCAAAGUCAUUGAAUUUGAGACGGGGGAGCUGGAGGUGGUACCGACUUCAUGGGUUAAAGGUGAUCAGGUUUACUGGUGUAAGACGGCCAGGGCUUAUGCCAAAAAAAAUUUUGAUCCUAAACCUUCAUGGAAAAUCUACAAAUGUAAAACUCGAUAUAAAAACAACACCUUUGCUACUUAUGAAGAGGCUUCCAAAAAAUGCAAUGUACUACUUUACAAAACUGACUCUUCUGAAACAAGUAGUGAUGAUUGUCGUAAAAAGAAGAACACUCAAGAUUCAGACUAUGAGUACUAUAAAGAUAUAGAUAUUGAUAUUGAUGAUUUGCCAAGUUUAUCGCCCUUAAGUGCAGCAGAUAAAACCCUUACCCCGGAAAAACUGGUUGAAAAAGAGAAGAGUGCAGCAGAUAAAAUCCUCACUUCAGGAAAACCGGUUGAAAAAGAGAAGAUUCAGUCAAUUGCUAAUGCCCAACCAACUAACAAUGUUCAAACAGCGGUCGAUGUUGAAUCAACAGGUUUUGACAAUAGCGAUAUCAUCAAUAUGGCUAAUAUCACGUUUGAACCAUUAUGUAAAUGUGAAGAAGUGAAAACACUGAUUAGUUCAGAAUUGAACAAAUUUAGAUCGGAACUUAAAAUUUUGAAUGAUGCUGUCAACCAAAAUACGAAAUUAAUUGAGCGAUUCAUAAUUCAAAGUAAACGGGAGUGGGAAACGGUUAAGAUGUGUCUUCAACAUAUUAAUUUGGAGAAACCACAUUUAACAGUUAAUCCGGAAUCAGAGCAGUUGUUACAAGAAUUAAUUCCAGUGUCUUCUCUAGAUGAUCUAAAAAUUUUGGAAGAAGUGCUAGAAGAAGAGGACAAAAAAUCUUAUUUGAUUUACAAAUUAAAGCGAAUUGGAGGUAAAGAUGCUAAAACCACGCUUUCCAAUAUAAUAAAAUAUUGUUUUACAAUUGAAGCACAAAAAAAGUGUAAUUGGAUUGGUGCUAACAACAAGUUUAGUAUUAAAAAAACUCAUUUAGUUAGCGCUAUUGUUCAGGUACUUCUGGAAACCCAGAAUAAUAUUACACAAAGCGAAAUUGAACAACAAAUUAAAUAUAUAUUUCAACACACUUACGACCGAGCUAAAUCAGGACAGGUAAAUCUAUAUAUAUAUUGA